AUAGGGGCUGCCAACACAUGCGGCGCGUCUGCAGGUGAGGGAGAGAGAAAGGGUGAGUGGGAGAGUCCACGCUGAACACGCAGAACGUCUAAGAGGAGUUCAACCUAAAAGCUGCGUCGGAUAUACACUUUUUCACUUUGCCAGCUUCAUUGUUUUUUUUUUUCUUUUGUACUCAGCCCUGAUUUUUUUUUUUUUUUUUUUUUUAAUAUCUACUAUUUUUAAUUUUAUUUUUGCGGACUGGAGUUGGUUCGUUAAAGAAGACGAGAAGGAGGAGGAAAAGGAGGAGUGAGAGAGUGAUAGUAUUCUGCUUGUUGCGAGUGACUUGGAGGGGAGAAAGGAAGGAAGGAGGCAGAAUAACGAAGCCAGACAGGUAAUCUGCUGCAUAUUACCUUCAAGAUAUAAAGGAGAGGUGACGAGCUCCGCGCUCAACCCCGCAUAGUGGGAUGAGUUUGCAACCUGCGCGGGCAUCUCCUUUAUACGCGCCUCUGAUAUAUGUGGACUUAACAUCAGGACAGACGGACGAAGAGUUCAGCUCUCCCCUCUCCCAGCCCUCCUCGUCAUCAAAAAGAAAAGAGAGAGAAGAUUCUACAAACUGUGAGUAAAAAAAAAAAAGAAAAAAAAAGCGUGAGCGAACCGGACUGCAUUCACUUUCCGCUGAUGCUCGGGACUAUUGCACUUCUGCACAGUCCGGAGCGCACGGAGUCUCCCCAGCAAAGACAGUCUCUGUAUUUUUUUAUUUUUUUCCCCCCAGAAUAAAUAAAUUAAGGUUGAAGGAAAGCCCCCCUCCUUGCGUACACUUGCUGCUUUCCACUGCAGCAGAAACGAGAGGAUGAAGUCUCACGCAUCCUAAAGAAAAAGACUGCGCUCCUAAUGAGAACGAGAUUGCCUUUUUAUACGCAGACUGUCAAUUAACAUCAAUUUUGGGACUUUUUUCUUUUGAAACAUUUUCCGAGGACAUCUUUGCAGGACUGAACAAUGGGGACGACUGCAGCAGUGGACUGUUUGUACUAUUGCAUGCUCAUAUUGCAGCUUGUGCAUCAGCCCGCUGCGAGUAAGCAAGUGCUCCGGUACCGCUUGGCGGAGGAGGGACCUGCCGAUGUCAGAGUUGGCAACGUAGCAGGCGACCUGGGCAUUGUGGCCGGGUCCGGCGAGGUGACAUUCACCCUGGAGUCCGGCUCGGAUUUUUUCAAAAUAGACAACAUAACAGGUGAGCUCACCACCAACGAGAGGCGGAUAGACCGUGAGAAAUUACAGCAGUGCCAAAUGAUAUUUGACGAGAACGAGUGUUUCAUAGAUUUCGAGGUGUCCGUGAUUGGACCAGCUCAGAGCUGGGUCGACCUCUUUGAGGGGAAAGUCAUCAUAUUAGAUAUAAAUGACAACACUCCGUCUUUCCCCUCGCCUGUCCUGACACUAUCUGUGGAGGAAAACAGACCCAUUGGAACCCUUUAUCUGCUGCCCACAGCCACAGACAGAGAUUUUGGCAGGAAUGGAAUAGAGAGAUAUGAGCUAAUUCAGGACAAUGGGGAAAACUCAAGGCGCUUGGGAUCUUCUGGGGAUUCCUACUCUGGAAAAAGAAGAUUUGAGGAGGGCGCGAGCAGGAGCAGUGUGUUUGAACUGCAAGUUGCUGACACUAGUGAUGGAGAGAAGCAGCCCCAACUCAUCAUUAAAGGGGCCCUUGACAGAGAACAGAGAGACUCCUAUGAGCUCACCUUGCGGGUUAGGGAUGGAGGAGAUCCCCCACGUUCCUCUCAGGCCAUUCUGAGAGUAAUGAUCACUGAUGUAAAUGACAACAACCCGCGGUUCGAGAAGAACGUGUAUGAAGCUGACCUGCCGGAAAACAGCUCCCCUGGUGCACCGAUACUCCAGCUUAAAGCAGCUGAUGCAGACGUGGGGGUUAAUGGUCAAAUUGAAUAUGUGUUUGGGGCAGCCACAGAGUCCGUGAGAAGGCUGCUGAGGUUGGAUGAGAGCACUGGCUGGCUAAGUGUGUUGCACCGCAUUGACCGUGAAGAAGUUAGCCAACUGAGGUUCACAGUAAUGGCUCGUGACCGAGGCCAGCCACCCAAAACGGAUAAGGCAACAGUGGUGCUGAAUAUCAAGGACGAAAACGACAAUGUCCCAGCAAUUGAAAUCCGAAAAAUUGGGCGCAUUUUUCUAAAAGACGGAGUGGCAAACGUAGCUGAGGACGUGAUGGUUGACGCACCUAUUGCUUUAGUUCAGGUGUCAGACAGAGACCAAGGAGAGAAUGGCAUAGUAACCUGCACAGUCGUAGGAGAUGUACCCUUCCAACUCAAACCAGCCAGUGAGAUGGAAGGUGAACAGAAUAAAAAAAAGUAUUUUCUCCACACAUCUGCACCACUGGACUAUGAAGCCACACAGGAAUACAAUGUGGUAAUAGUGGCUGUGGACUCUGGAAGCCCUAGUCUGGCAAGUAAUAACUCUCUUAUAGUCAAAGUGGGUGACACUAACGACAAUCCUCCCAUCUUCAGCCAGAAUGUAGUUGAGGUAUCCUUUCCUGAAAGCAAUGCCCCUGGCGAGAGGGUGACAACAGUGAAAGCUGUUGAUGCUGACAGUGGGAAAAAUGCUGAAAUAGCAUAUUCCCUCGAUUCAUCUGUAAAUGGGAUUUUCUCUAUUGAUGCAGACAGUGGAGACAUCCGAGUAAACACCAUCUUGGAUAGAGAGCAAACAGAGCGCUAUGAAUUUAAAGUGAUAGCUAAAGAUAAGGGCAUAAACACUCUUCAGGGUUCUGCUACUGUGGUCGUUCUCGUGGGGGAUAAAAAUGACAAUGAUCCAAAGUUCAUGCAGGAUGUGUUCACCUUCUAUGUCAAAGAGAAUCUUGACCCUAACAGCCCUGUUGGUAUGGUCACAGUAAUUGAUGCUGAUAAAGGCCAAAAUGCAGAGAUGGGUCUUUUCAUUGAGGAGGAGGAGGAAAUCUUUUCUAUUGAGAAUGAAACUGGGACUAUUUUUUCCACCCUCUCCUUUGACCGGGAGCAAAAAACUACAUACACAUUCCGUGUGAAAGCUGUGGAUGGUGGUGAUCCACCCAGAUCCGCCACCGCCACAGUCUCACUCUUCGUCAUGGAUGAAAACGACAAUGCACCAACAGUCACCUUCCCAAUAAACAGCUCCUACACCCUUCUUCCUCCCUCCAGUAACAUCAGGACAGUUGUCAGAACUGUCAUAGCCACCGAUACGGACACUGGCAUCAAUGCAGACCUGAACUACAGCAUCAUUGGGGGCAACCCCUUCAAGCUGUUUGAGAUUGAUGGGGGCACAGGGGUGAUCUCAUUGAUGGCAAAGCUGGAACCAAAACACUAUGGUCUCCACAGACUUGUGAUCCAAGUGAAUGACAGUGGUCAGCCUUCACAGAGCACCACCACCCUGGUUCACGUGUAUGUUAAUGAGACACUUUCCAAUUCCACAAUUGUGGAGGCACAGGUGGCUAAGAGCCUGAGUACCUCCCUGAACACCAAUAUCGCUGGUGACCCCAACUAUGAUCUCAGCAAACAACGAUUAAGCAUUGUAAUUGGAGUAGUUUCGGGCAUCAUGACCGUCAUUCUCAUCAUUCUUGUUGUUGUCAUGGCCCGUUAUUGCCACCCUAAGAACAAGAAUGGCUAUGAGGCAGGAAAGAAAGAUCAUGAGGACUUCUUUACACCUCAGCAGCAUGACAAAUCCAAGAAGCCCAAGAAAGACAAGAAGAAACAAAAGUCCAAACAGCCUCUCUAUAGUAGUAUUGUCACAGUAGAGGCCUCCAAACCUAAUGGGCAGCGCUACGAUGGCGUCAAUGAGAAGCUUUCAGACAGCCCCGGCAUGGGACGCUACCGUUCAGUCAACGGCGGGCCGGGAAGUCCAGACCUGGCUCGGCACUACAAGUCCAGUUCACCGCUCCCAACUGUCCAGCUUCACCCUCAGUCACCAACAGCUGGAAAAAAGCACCAGGCAGUUCAGGACCUGCCCCCUGCCAACACCUUUGUUGGCACCGGAGAUAACAUUUCCCUUGGAUCUGACCACUGCUCUGACUACAGCACUCAAACCAUCAACAAGUACAACAAACAGCCGUUUCGUCGAGUGACCUUCUCGGUGGUGAGCCAGCCCCAGGACCCUCACCAGCAGGGAUCGCUGCAGAGCUGCUACGACAGCGGCCUGGAUGAAUCCGAGACGCCCAGCAGCAAGAGUUCUUCGGGCCCCCGGCUGGGCGCCCUCCCCCUGCCCGAGGACAGCUACGAGAGGACAACGCCGGAUGGCAGUGUCGGUGAGGCAGAGCACAUGGAAAAUGACUCCCGGCCCUUGCCUGACGUAGCCAUGACUGGCAAGUGCACCCGGGAGUGCAACGAGUACGGCCACUCGGACUCCUGCUGGAUGCCUGUGCGCACGUCGCCCGAGCGACGGCCGUCCAAGUCAACCACCAACCCCCAACAACAACCAAAGCUUUCCACUUUUAUGACCGGUAAUGGCAGCAGCGGGAGCAGUAGCAGCAGCGGCAGCGCAGAGCAGCCAGGUAGCCAAGAGACCCUCGCCAUGGCUGCCAUGGCCAAUGGAGACCCCACCACCACGCACAUGAUGGGAGACCGCAACCGCAACGUGCUCAACAAGAAGAUGGCCUCCUCCUCUUCUUCUUACGAGGCCUUUGGCUCGCCUUCCUACGGCUCGCCAGGAGGUGGCGAGGAGACGCUGGGCCACCCUACCGAGGAGAUUCCCCUCGCGCCAACCGGAGAGUACAAGCCCACGUCGUGUGGUACACUGACGCGACGGGAGGUGUACCUGUAAGCUUGGAGUUUUACCAUAAAACCGGUGGCAUUCAAAACCCAUUGCGAACAAUACUCACUUACCCAUAAUUGUUGCAGUUACAGAAGUUUUUCUUCCAGCCACCCAAACGCCAACUAAAACUUCCCCAGAGACGUUACAGCUACUCUUUAACGAAACAUCUAAGCGGACAUGUAAACACAACAGUUUUACAAAGUGCCAUUUCUGGCCAUGACCUGGCAGAGAAGAGGAGGAGGAACUAAUGGCAAGUUUUGCUGUUUGGAGACAGUCUGCUGCCUGAUAGUCAAUCUGUAAAGUUAAACAACUCAUUUUAGAUAUACAGCACACGCAUGACUACUCCAGUGUUCCCUACAGAAGUAACUGUUGUUUUUAAAGAUAACACUGUAAAAAUACGCCCAUUUCUUUCAUUGCCCUUGUCUGUUCUUUUCUGGAAUCAGAACUGUUCUCGCAGACUGUUUUGACUUUGGAAUCUGCCUUGAUUUGGCCUUUUUUUACAGUCCAGAAUAGUCUGGCCAAGAUGCCAUUUUGUCUAAACAAAGCGACUGGACUCUUUCACCAUCAGCCAUCUUUUGAGUUUGUACUGAACUUCCAAGCCAAGACAUGGCUGAAUUUGAAUAUUAGAAGGGACUGAAAAGACUAAGCUUUAAAAACUGACCUCUUCAGGAUAUGGAAACCUGGUUUAGAAGCCAAUAGACUUUCCUGGCUUGGACUGCAAUUCCACUUAAGAGACAAAUGAUGAACUUUUGAUGACCAACUGCGUGAGAACCUUGCGCAAGUGUCACUCCUUGUAAAUAAGCAUCGAAAGCUAGCAACAGAGCUUGUGGCUCUGGUGCCUGACCUUUGCCCUGCUACCUUUAGUAAGUCUCUGUUAUUUUGUCUUUUGAUUGGCAAGACUGAGACAAAAGCCCACCUUGAGAAAUGCAAGAUACUUUACGUCUACAAUCACAUUCCCUGGAGAAGCAUGGCUUAUUAUCUGAUCACCUUAGUAAGAAGAGCAUACAAAUUGGUGUUUAACUGUGUUUCCUGGUGGCAACUUGGGUUAAGCACAGUGUUCUGGCAAGACAUUAAAAUUCUUCAGGUGGAGUUAAAAUCUGUCGAUAUUGGGAGACUGAAAAGCAUACCCAUGGCUGAGUUGUUAUCGGAAAAGUUGCAAUGAAAGACAUGUCUUACUUUCAUUUGUGUGCGUGAAUGUAGGCGUGUGUGUGUGUGUGUGUUAGGACUGAGCAAUAAAUACCAUGACAUAAGUGUGACCAAUACCUUAUUUUUCACUCUUCUCUCAAAAAGCCUUCAAGAUGACAUUGAUGCCCAUAUACUGGAAUCCUUUAAGCACUUAUAGCUGUUGCUUUUUUUUUUUUAACCAUGAAUGUAAGAAUCAGCUCAGUUAGGGAACAAUCAAACAAAAAAAGCAACAGUUUAGGAUACAUGUGGACAAAUGUUUCUGUCGAAGUCAAACCAAAGCUUCGCGAAUAGGAUGAAGCAUUACCCAUAGAUGAAAAGCUUUCUCCGAGAACUUUGCUUUAAGUAUGCAUUACUUGUUUUGUGAAGGAAUGAGCGAUAUGAAUGUCAUGUCUCAACUAAACCACCCAUAUAAUCAUUACACUCCUUCUACACACAGAUGUUAUUGUUUAGAUUUUGUGCCUCCUUGUGUACAUUGUUUUUUUUAUUUUCUUUUUUGUUUUUGCAGCUGCAGAGGCACAAAUCUUACUGUAAUUAAAAAGAGAUGCAAUUAAAAUUUUUUGUUUGUUUUGUAUUUUAGCAAAAAACCCCUUUUCGCUCAACCGGAGGUGCUUUUUCAGUUUUUCUAAACACCCACUCCGGCAACCUAUAGUCUGUAAGUACUACUCGUUGUUUGAAAGAAAGUGCUCCUAAUACUUAUCAACUGUAUACAUGAAUAUUUACUUUUUACUGCACGUUUAAUGGCAACUUACUUCACUUACAGAGAAGGACAGAUGAUGAAAAAAAAAAUAAAAACUGUAAAAGAAAAUGUACAAAAACAAACAAAAAGUUUCUCUUGUAAACGGAAGCCCAUCUUGUUGCUUGCAUUUUACCCAUGUAAUGCGACUUUGUAGACUAAUCAAGACUGAACUGUUGAUUUUGUUUUUUUCCACCCAUUACCAAAUUUGAUCAUUGCCUCAUGUCACAUAUACUUUAAAUGAUUUGUUUUCUUUUGUAUUGGCUGUAUACCAUUAGGAUAGACAAUUCCUCAUGUAUUUUUAUUGUUUUAGUCACUUCCAAUGUCACACAGUUGCAGAUAAAAUUGUGGAAAUGAU